AUGAGUGAGGAAGAUAAUAAAUCAAAGAAGAGAAUCGUCAUAAUAUGCACCUCAGGCUUUUUACUAGUCGCUAUGGUGGUUGCUGUGACCGUUGGCAUGAAUAAUGGCGGUGAAGAUAAUAACGAUAAAAAUCGUAUUGUUUCAACCCAGAAAGCCGUGAAAACCUUUUGUAGUCCGACAAGUUUUAAAAAAGAAUGCGAGGAAAGUCUAUUGUCAGAAGUAGGCAACACAACGGACUCAAGAGAACUCAUGAAAUUCGCUUUCAAUAUCACCGUUGCGAAGAUAAAAAAAGGACUCGAGGAAACAAAUAUCUUGCAACAGCUUGAGAAGGAACCUAGGGCAAACAUGGCACUUGGCACAUGCAAGAAGUUAAUGAAUCUUUCUAUCGGCGAAUUCCAUAGGUCACUUGAGGGAAUAUCAAGUUUUAAUAUGAACAAUCUAGAUAGCAUUCUUGUGAGUUUAAGAGUUUGGUUAAGUGGUGCAAUGACAUAUCAAGAAACAUGUUUAGAUGGUUUCGCAAACGUCACUGGUGACGCUGGUACGAAGAUGAAAGACAUUUUAACAUUUUCGAGGCGUAUGAGUAGUAACGCACUUGAUGUCGUUACGGAUUUGCAAAACGCUGUGAGGGAUAUGAAUGCAACAGGAGAUCACCGUCGUCUUAUGGAUGAUUAUAAAGGUUCUUAUGUUGGCGAACAAGUUGUAGCUCAUGAUGAUGUGAAUGAGGUUCCUUCUUGGGUUGGUGAUGGUUCCAGUGCUGGUGUUCGUAGACUCCUUCAAGUGGCUCAAAAUAAACUCAAGGCUAAUGUCGUUGUGGCUCAAGAUGGUACUGGACAGUUUAGGACUAUCAACGAAGCUUUGAAGCUUGUGCCAGUAAAUGGCCAAAAACCUUUUGUUAUUUAUAUCAAGAAAGGUAUUUAUCAUGAGUAUGUUGACAUUACCAUACUAAUGACUAAUGUUGUGAUGGUUGGUGAUGGUGAUAAGAAAACAAUAAUUACUGGCAACAAAAACAUGAAAGAUGGAAUUCCAACUUAUGCAACCCCCACUCUCGCCGUUGGAGCAGAUUUUUUUGUUGCAAUGAGCAUAGGUAUUGAGAAUUCAGCAGGACCCCUAAAGGAUCAAGCUUGCGCCUUAAGAGUCCAAGGCGACAAGGCAAUUUUUUACCAAUGUACAGUAGACGGAUAUCAAGACACAUUAUAUGCACACACUAUGCGUCAAUUUUAUCGUGAUUGUAUAAUUUCAGGCACGAUUGAUUUUGUGUUUGGCAACGCUCAAGCAGUUUUCCAGAACUGCACAUUCGUAGUUAGAAAACCAUUAGAUUACCAACAAUGCAUUAUAGUUGCACAAGCGAGAGCAGAGGAAAACCAACCAUCAGGAAUAAUAAUUCAAAAUAGCCGCAUUGUUUCUGAUCCUCCGGGUGCUCCAGCGACCUACAAAGCUUAUAUCGGCCGUCCGUGGAAGCACUACGCGAGGACUAUUGUCAUGGAUACUUUCAUCGAAGGGGUGAUUCAGCCUGAGGGGUUUAUGCCAUGGGAAGAACCGGAUAAAACACUUACUGGCAUGGACACUUGUUUUUAUGCUGAGGUUAAUAAUACCGGUCCUGGUUCUGAUAAAUCAAAGCGCGUAACAUGGCCUGGGAUUAAGAAUCUUACACCAGAUUCUGCACAUGUUUUCUAUCCAGCUUUGUUCUUUCAGGGAGAUGAUUGGAUUAGGAGUACUAGAAUUCCUUACACUUCUGGCGAAUCACCACUCCCAACCCCAUUGCCAACUCCAAAGCUCUAA